CCCUUUCUUCUUCUACCUUCACGCCCCUCAAAAAGAUCAAAAAAGUUAGAACUCAAAGAACAAGUAACAUUGAUUUCUACACAAUAAUUUGUCUCUUUUUGUCUAUUUGAUCAUCGCUGAGGACUCACCGAUCCAUUAAUUUCGUAUUUUCAUAUUGUUUUUUUCAGCUUAUAAGGAGAUCAAUUACGAAUAAUCUAAAGGGUCUUUGCAUAUAGAGAUGCAAAAGACCUCAUUUUUGUUGUAAAUUUUUUAUUUUUUUGUUGUGGGGUUGUUCAAUUUCGUAUUUUUUUUUUGUGGGUUUUGAAUUUGGGAGAUGGGAAAUAUAUUUGUGAAGAAACCGAAGAUCACCGAAGUUGAUAGAGCGAUUUUGUCUUUGAAGACUCAAAGGCGUAAGCUUGCUCAAUAUCAGCAACAGCUGGAUGCUGUUAUUGAAGCCGAAAAACAAGCUGCAAAAGACUUGCUACGCGAAAAGAAGAAAGAGAGGGCCCUUUUAGCAUUGAAAAAGAAGAAAGUGCAAGAAGAACUAUUAAAGCAAGUUGAUGUUUGGCUCAUAAAUGUUGAGCAGCAAUUGGCAGAUAUUGAACUGACAAGCAAGCAAAAGGCUGUCUUUGAGAGUUUGAAAACUGGGAAUAAUGCAAUCAAAGCAAUACAAGGUGAGAUCAAUCUAGAGGAUGUUCAAAAGUUAAUGGAUGAUACUGCAGAGGCAAAAGCUUAUCAAGACGAAGUCAAUGCUAUUCUUGGAGAGAAGCUAUCUGCUGAAGAUGAAGAGGAAGUUCUAGCAGAAUUUGAGAAUCUGGAAUCUCAGUUAACACUUCAAGAUCUGCCAGAAGUUCCUUCUGCAAUACCUUCUGGUGAAAACGUUGAAGAGAAACUGGAUCUACCUGACGUACCAACUAAAGCACCAGUCGUUUCAGAAGCUGUUAUCGAGGACACUCAAGAUACUUCAACUGCCGUGUCUGUGCAAAAGAAAGUUUUGGAGGAACCAAUACCUGCUUGAUCCCAACGCAACGUGGUUUAUUCAUAAAGUUCGAAUGGAAUUUAUCAAAACGAGUAUCGAGUUUCAGAAUGCUAUACAAGUCUUCUCGAUGCUAAGAAUUUGUUAUCUUUCGACGUUUCUGUCUCAUCUCCUGUAAUUUGUGCAGAUUGUGGUUGUAAUUCUGGGGACCAGAUUUGUACAGUGCUUUCAUACUCAUAUCCUACUAGUUUCUUCUAAUUCUGCUACUACUUUUGUUGCAUUAUGCAAAAAAGAAAGCUUACUGUUCUUGUUUCUCUUAACAUUCUUGUAAACUCACAUUUUAGAUUUGUCCAAAUGAGCCACAUUACAACUAA